AUCCAAGCUGCCAACUCUUCCGGUAUGGAAAUGAAUGAAAAUGGGAAUGUAAUAUGAAGGCAAGUGUUUACAGAAUUUAUUAAACAAUUCAUUCUCUAAAUGUGUUUAUCCAAUCCAUCCUUAGCUUUUGUUGGUUCAAUAUUCUACACCAAAAUUUGAUAAAUAUAUGCCUUAAAUCUAAGAUGAACUUUUGUCAGUUAUUCACUAAAACUAUCAGAGAAAGGUUGAGAUAUGGAGAGAAAAUACAUACUGACAACUUUGGAAAUGUGUAAUUGUGAGAGGGAAAUGUGGAGGAACCUCCGAGUCGAGCCCCGUCGCUCUCUCUCCUCUGUCUGCUCUUCACACUCCACUCUCAGCUCGCUCCCUUCAUUCGCGGUUAACGGGCGUGCGGUUGCCAAGAGAGACGCGCGUGAAGAGCAGCGUGCAGCUUUUACGGUAAAGCGGCACGGGAUCGUCCCCGCCAUUUCCUCGAGCUGAGCCCUGGAAUGUCGAACAGUGGCUCGGGCUCUUCCUCGCGGAAGGAGUUCGAUGUGAAACAGAUCCUCCGGAUCCGAUGGCGGUGGUUCGGUCACCCCGCGGUUCCUCCGCCUCCCUCCCCGCCACUCGGAGACUACUUCAGCGCGAGGAGAACCGGAGGCAGCGCAGCGGACGGUCCCUCUAUUAGCGGCUGCAGCAACUUAAAUUCAUCUGGCGUUAACCCGAGCGUGGGCUGUCACAGCGGGCUGGUGGUCAGUGGGAGCGCCGGGUCUAACCUGUGUAACGGCAGCGGUAGAAAGUUUGCUGAUCCAGCGGGGAGUCGGGGAGGUCCGGCUGGAGCUUCUGGAGCCACGGGGAACUCCUGUACCCGCUCCCUCAGCCAGCCAGAGUGCAGAAGCUCCGCCGCGGCGCUCUCCUGGAUUUCCCCACCGCCUCGUCGCCGCGCUCGUCCGGUGACAAACAUGGAGCCCCCCGGCGAGGCCCCGUUGCCCCAGCUGGUAGUUGAGGCUUCGGCUCCUGCGGGGGUUGAGAAUGAGGUGGAGCCGGCGGCGGCUUCGGCGGGAGCGGCGGGGACCGAGGAGAACAACCACCCGGAAACUGACUCCAGCUCCUGCAGGACGUCUAACAGCAGCGCAACCCUCUCGUCAUGCGUGUCCAUGGAGCCAUGCACCUGUCCGGAGGAGUCCAUGUUUACCGCUUUAUCUCAUGCUGAUGUCACCUUCCGCAAGAUGGAGGGUUACCUGAGGACGAGGCAGCUGUGUGAUGUCAUUCUGGUGGCUGGAGACCGACGGAUACCUGCACACAGACUGGUUCUCUCAUCUGUGUCUGACUACUUUGCGGCCAUGUUCACCAGCGAUGUGCGAGAGGCCAAGCAGGACGAAGUGAAGAUGGAAGGGGUGGACCCUGAGGCAUUGUGGGUCCUGGUUCAAUACGCAUACACAGGUCGUCUCGAGCUGAAGGAGGACACCAUCGAGUCUUUGCUGUCGGCCUCCUGCCUGCUGCAGUUGUCAUCUGUGGUCCAAGCUUGCUGCUCCUUCCUUGUCAAGCAACUCCACCCCUCUAAUUGUCUCGGCAUCCGUUCCUACGCCGACGCCCAGGGCUGCCAUGACCUGCAGAGAGCCGCUCACGCCUACACCAUGGAGCACUUUCUGGAGGUUGUUGGAGCCCAGGAGUUUCUUGUCCUUCCAGUGGAAGAGAUGGAAAGGCUGCUGACCUCUGACGACAUCAACGUGCCAGAUGAGGAAACCGUGGUGACCUCUUUGCUGAGUUGGGUCAGUCAUGAUCCUGCCACUCGGCAGCGCCAUCUACCAUCACUUCUGGCUCACGUCAGACUGCCGCUGCUGCAGCCACAGUUCUUGGCUGACCUGGAGUCCAACCCUCUCCUCCGUGACAGCGUGGAGUGUCAGCGUCUCCUGAUGGAGGGGAUGAAGUAUCACCUGCUGCCGCAGCGCCGGCCCCUGCUGCAGAGUCCUCGCACGCGGCCCCGGAAGGCCACGGUCGGGGCCAUGUUUGCUGUGGGUGGUAUGGACGCCUCAAAAGGUGCCACAAGUAUCGAGCAGUACUGUCUGCGUCGGGACACGUGGAGACAGGUCGCCACCAUGAGCGGACGGAGACUGCAGUUCGGUGUCGCUGUCCUCGACGGCCGUCUCUACGUGGUCGGAGGCCGAGACGGACUCAAGACCCUUAACACCGUGGAGUGCUACAAUCCACAUAGCAAAACCUGGAGCGUCUUGCCUCCCAUGUCCACACACAGACACGGCCUAGGUGUGGCUGUUCUAGAGGGACCCAUGUACGCAGUGGGAGGCCAUGACGGCUGGAGCUACCUCAGUACAGUGGAAAGGUGGGACCCUCAAGCUCGCCAGUGGAGUUUUGUUGCUAGCAUGGCUACACCCAGAAGCACAGUGGGAGUGGCUGUUCUCAAUGGAAAGCUGUAUGCUGUUGGAGGUCGUGACGGCUCAUCCUGCCUGCGAUCAGUGGAGUGCUUCGACCCUCACACAAACAGGUGGACUAGCUGUGCUCCAAUGGCUAAAAGGCGUGGAGGUGUGGGAGUGGCCACGUGGCAUGGUUUCCUGUACGCCAUCGGAGGUCACGAUGCCCCGGCCUCGUCCUUGGCGUCUCGCUUAAGUGACUGUGUGGAGAGAUAUGACCCUCAGACUGAUGUUUGGACCACGGUGGCCCCCAUGAGCAUCAGCAGGGAUGCUGUUGGUGUUUGUCUCCUCGGCGACCGUCUUUAUGCUGUGGGGGGUUAUGACGGCCAGGUGUACCUCAAUACUGUCGAAGCCUAUGACCCUCAGACUAAUGAGUGGACCCAGGUUGCCUCUCUGUGCCUGGGCAGGGCAGGUGCCUGUGUGGUGGCCGUCCGACUGUGACAACAGAAACACAAGAUGACAGACUAUCUGCACACAAUGUGGCUGAGAGGCUGAACUCACUGGAUCUACUGACGCUGAAGAGACUCUGAGUGCAGCAGCUCCCUUCAGUGAGAAGAGACGGUGGUUUCUGAUCUCUCUUCAGGUUUUACUCAGUUUCAUCGUAAAGCUCACCAAUCAGUCCAUUCUUGGAGAUAGAUUAGGGCAGGUCGGUUUCAGACAAAUUAUAACUUUCUGAAUGAUGCAGAGCAAGUGUCUCGUGGAUUAAUCCCCCCCCCCCCCACACUCUUCACGUGUUAGAUAUAAAUCUGCACAGCUGCUCUCUGCUUUUGUUUCUGCUUACAAAGACAGCGGGACCGUCAGGGCUGCCUCUCAGCUUUCCCUACAAAAUCUGAUCGUAUGCACUGGUGCUAUUUUUAAUAAGCAACCUGUUCUUUUUAUGCUGCGGUUGGCAAAUAUACUGCUGCUCUGGUUUGCCCCGCUGACAGAUGAAAGCGAGAGUUUGACGUAAUCAGCACAACCUCAUAAACAGCUAUUCUGUUAGAGACUGUGAGCCACUUCAUUAGUUUCAUUUGGAAUCCACUGAGUGAAAUCGGAUGUUUCUUAAUGUUUGGCACGUUGCAUCAGCUCUGAUUUUCAUGCUUUUAGUGGAUUUUCUUUUAGCAAGUUGCCUGAGAAAGCUUCCAUGUUCUUACUUUUUCAUUUAUUUUUACCAUCAUGUUUUAGUUUUUAUGCUGAUUGAGCAGUGUUAACAGCCCAGCCUUUAUCCCUGCUGGGAAAAUUGGUUUUUAACUUCCCCCAUAGCACAAGACCAGCUAUUUACAGCCUCAGUUCUUAAACAAGGUCCAUCGAGCUCUUCAUUUUACAAGCCAAGAUAUUUUUUUGUUUGUUUUGUUUUUUUGUUAUCAGCAGUCUGUGUGUGUCUGCUGGUGUGGUAUGUGUACAGUUUGCAGUGAGUGUUUUUUUAUUUAUUUUUAUCUUAAAUGAGAAUCUUUUCCCCUAUCCUCGUCUCUCGUUCCACAUCCUCAAUUCCCUGCAGUUCACUGCUGCACAGACACACAGAGAUGCUUGCACCAUUUUGCUUCGCACCAAUCCCAUUUACCCAGGCAGGAGGAAACAGCAGAAAUCGUAAUGAGGCCAAAAAUUUAAUAACGUUGACUUCUUCUUUUUUUUAAUUUAUUUAUUUUUUUUAUUUCAUGCUGCGUUCAAAGAAUUAUUAGCUGCAGUUCUGCUCCAGAUAAAGCAUCGCACAUCACUUGUAAAACAAACCCGUAUAGCACAAACGUGUGCCAUGACUACUUCAUGGCAUGCAUGUAAUUGGAUGUUUUGUUUUGUCUCAUGUCUGGUAUAAAGGUGGGGAAUUGACAGUCAGAGUUAGCGUAGACAUCCUGCCUGCACUCAGAUCUGGAGCUAAUGCACCACGGAGAAUGCACUUCACACUCAUACAUCUCAAUAUGAACAAACACACGCCUGCAGCUGUAAGCAGAGCGCCCCAGGAGCCACUGAAGACUGGAAGGCCGCCCAAAUUUGCCAGCAUGACAUCUGAAAAGGCUGACAUGGGCAGACUGCCAUGAUGUUGAUACAAGGCUGAUAAAACACUGCUGCAUUAUUCCAUGUGUUCCCCCCUUCAAAACCUGCCUGCUGUCUAUUCAGAGUAGCUCUCUCUACAUCUCAGCAGAAGAAGUUUGUCAUCUCCGCUGAGUGAAUUCAGAAUGAGGCCAGCCAUGAAAACGCAUACAUUCCAAAUCAAGCUGUAAAUACAAAUGUAUACUGUGUACAUAAAUAAAUAUAAAAUGGUGUUACUGCAUUAUGUUGUGUUUACAGUGCUUUGCAAAAGUAUUCAUAAACCCUGAAUGUCAUUUUGUCACAUUAAAGCCACAAAUUACAUGCAUUUUAUUGAGAUUUUAAUAGAAAGGACAAAUUAAUGUACAGCUGGGAAGUAAAAGGAGGAACAGGUGGAUGUUCCAAACAAUUUUCUUUUGUCCAUGUGACAAUGUCAAAAUAUUUAAGGCAUGUGAAUACAUUUGCAAGGAACUGUAUAUCAAACUAAAUAUACCAUGUGUUGUUUCUUAUUGUAAAAUGAAAUCAGAAUGAACGUAUGAAAGCGUUGGUUUGCAUCUGCUCGUCUCGAGUGUCGCGCCUUGUUGUGGAUGUGAAGUAAACGAGCUGCUGUUCGAUGGUUUUAUACAAUAAAGUCAACCGGUGAUUGAAAA